CAUGUUUUGACAAAGUAUCAGUCGAGAUAAAAAUGACGAGCCGUGCGAUUUACUAAAAUUUAACAAAAUAAAAGUGUUUUAUCAGUAUGACUGUGUGGCGAAUUAUCGAAGAUGAAAACUGCUAUGCCGUCGCCAUAUACAAUUACAACGGGCCAUCCCCCCACCUCCCCCUGGAAGUCGGAGAGUUGGUCCACUGCGAGAGAGAGACAGAGCACUGGUACUGGGGUCGCAGUCUACGGAAAGACGGUGUGGGCGCUUUCCCCAAGAACUAUGUGCAGUUGAGGGAGUGUCAAGUAGAGAGAGUCGGCGAUACAGUUGUAGCCUCUGCCGGAGGUUCGGGCGUGGUUCACGACAUAGCCCUCACACUGAGAGACUGGCUGCAGCAUUGGAAGAAACUUUACACCACAUGCGAUGAACGCUUCAAGUUCAUGGAAGUGAGCAUGCGCGCGCUGCUGGAGCUGCGCGCGCAGGCCGCGUCGGGCGCUCUGCCUCUGGACCAGCUGCGGCGGGUCGCGAGGACCGCCAUCUUCACUAUAGAUAAGGGAAACAGAGCACUGGAUAUGGAGCUGGCGGUCAGAAAUGCCAGCGGGCAACUAGUCAACCCCCUGCACAUGUCCACAUACAAACUCAACGCCUUACACGACGAGACCAACGCCAAGAUUGACAAGAAUAUGGAAACCACUCCAGCCACCCCACCCCCCACCACCCACCCUUCAGCCCGCUGCUACACCGUAGCUGUCAAAGUACACAACUUCGUGUGUCGGAUGACGGAUUCAGCAGAACUGCUGUUGUCUCUACAUGAUUCUAGUGGAAACAAGCUCACUGAACACUUGAUGAUGAGGUGGCCUAGUCCGAACAUGUCUACUGGACAAGUCGUAUUCACUGACCUCGGAAGUGAGAUAAAGCGAGAGAAAACAUUCCUAGUCUGCCACGUGGUGCGGAUAGGCUCCAUGGCUCCUGAAAACGUGGACUACAGACGAUCUAUGGCGGGCGUGCCUCCUCCCCCCACUUCAGGGGGCGGCCUGCGGCGGCCGUUCGGCGUGGCCGUGGCCGACGUCACGCGGCUGCUCGCGGAUCACUCACACUCUCCCGACAGGCACAUACAGGCGCCUUUUUACGCAUGUGAGAAAGAAACGAUGGACACAUUACUCAAGAAAGUGAUAACGAACCGUGAGCUAAAGGAAACGAAACACCAACAGGGGCUUUGGGUUUCGAUACAACUCGUUGACGGGGAUUUAAAACAGGUCCGGGAAGAGAACCCCCACAUUCUGGUAAGCAACACAGCCAUCGCCCGGAAAAUGGGCUUCCCCGAAGUCAUCCGGCCCGGGGACACCCGCAACGACCUCUACGUUACCUUAUGUAGUGGGAGCUUUUCAAGAGGAGGCGUUAAGAAUUCGGAGAGGAAUAUAGAGCUUUGUGCGAGGAUUGUGGAUAAGAAUGGGCAGAUUGUACCGGGCGUUAUAUCAGUAGGAGCCGGCGUCCCAAAAGUUAACGAAUACACAUCGCUAGUAUACUACCACGAAGAUAGACCUCGAUGGCAGGAAACAUUCAAGGUCUGUCUCGGCAUAGAAGAAUUCAAAGAGGCCCACCUAGUAUUCCUAUGCCGGCAUAGAAGCUCAAACGAAGCGAAGGACCGAGCGGAGAAACACUUCGCCCUGUCGUUCUUGAAGCUCAUGCAGCGAGAGGGAACCACGACGCCGGAUAAACAUCACACGCUAUGCGUUUACAAGAUCGACAACAAAAAGGCAAGCACAGAAGACAUAGAAUCCGAGGCGGCCGCUGCGUGCCUCGCGCUACCUUCCCGCAGGGACGAGUUACCAGCGCAGUCUGAACGAGGCCUCGUACGAGGGCCUUUGUCUCUGGUACAUCGGGACUCGCUCGUCGUACACUCCAAGCUGUGCUCCACUAAACUGACGCAACGAGAGGAGAUCCUAGGCGUACUAAAGUGGAGUACACACCACGCUGAAGGCACGCUCCGGCAGGCUCUGACUAGACUCAUGCACGUGCCCAGCGAGGAGCUAGUCAAGUUUCUGCAGGAUAUACUGGACGCUCUCUUCAGUAUAUUGACACAGGUCCCAGAAGAGCAAGAGAGCUACACAGAGAACAGCUACGGCGUGCUAGUGCUGGAAAGUCUGAUGCGGGUUGUGUCUUUAGUGGCGGACCACAAAUACCAACAUUUCCAGCCCGUGUUGUACGCGUAUAUCGAUGAUAGCUUCUGUGACGCACUAGCAUACGAAAAACUGAUAUCCGUAAUAGUAUGGGUGAUAACCUCGGCAGAGCAAGGGGAACUGGCCUUAAAGAGGCUACUUCAAUGCAUGAAAUGCCUGGAAUGUCUGAUUCGCUUCAUCGUUAGGAGUCGGCAAUUGAGGAGCGCGCUCGGCGACCCACAAGCGCACGAAGACUUCAGGUUUCAGUUUGAGAGUCUAAUGGAGGCGCUAGUGUGGUUGAUGCGGUGCGGAGACUACGCUCUCACAUGCCAAGGGUCCGCAUUGAAGUAUUUGCCCCACGCCGUGCCGCACGCCAUCAAAGUGUUCCCUCACACCGAGCUCAGCGCGCUGGUGGUGCGUGCGCUGGAGGCGCUGCCGCUGGCGCGGCUCGGCAAGCAGCGCAUGCUCGCGCUGCUCGAGCUGGUGCGCGGCGCGCUGGCACAAGCCGCGCCGGCGCGCGCGCUGCUGGCGCCGCACGUCGCCCACACCGUCAAGGCGCUGCUCAUGGAGAAGGUGGAGCUGGACCGCGAGGCGGCGCACAAGUCUCGCUCGGUGGACAAGGCGGCCCGGCUGCUCGGCGCGGACUCGUCGCGUCUCCACGACCCUACGCAGCAUCAGCAAAUCGUGGAGCUAUGCGUGGAAACGCUAGGCGAACUUGUCACACUGCUAGCCAGAGACGACGUAGGCCCCGUAGAGGCCGACAGAGGGGAGCUGGCGAAACUCCUGUUGCCCACCGUACUCCGAGUAGCCGCUAACAUGAUGAGAGAUGAUAGGAAUAACGAUGACCCUUUAUUGCGUCGCAUCGUCAGCAUCCUACUGGACAUAGUCCGUCAAAUGUCCGAAGAGCAAUACGCGCUAGUGGUGAAAGCGUUGGAGCAGGAAACCGGCGGCUCCGCUAGUCUAGUGGUCGACGCGCUAGCGUUGCUCCAAGCGCUGCUGCAGCGGCCGGUGUUCCGCGCGCAUUGGGCAGACAUGCUGCAUGUGCAGCAUUACGUCAUGCUGCAUGCUUUGAGACUCAUCUCUAUAACUCUCUGCAACCGCCUCCAAUCAAUUGACGAGACUGACACAGAAGGCAUCGCAGCCAUCCACUCAAUGUGCCGCUCGUGGUUCAACACAUGCGCCUCCUUAGCAUCCUCACAGCCACUGCAGUUGGAGACGAUGCGGGCUGCGAGGCGAGCGAGGGCCGCGGCGGUGUGUGGAGACGUCAGGAGAGCGGCAGCGGUUCUACUGAGAGACCUGUGGUUUGCGUUGGGUGACCACAAGCGCGCCUUCAUCCCGUGUCUGGUGGGUCCGUUCCUCGAGGUCAGCUUCCUCUGUGACGAAGAGGUCCGGAUCACUACCAUCCCCCUGUUCUUUGAUAUGAUGCAGACAGAGUAUAACCAUAGCGUCAGCACUGGAGACAGCUCGGAAAGCCCUCUAAAAGACUUAGAAAGCGAGCUGAUAGACAAAAUCGAUGUGUUAGUCGAACGCGGCAGCGGUGACGUGGCGUGGCGAGCGCGUUUCGUAUCGCUAUGUGGAGCGCUUUGUAAAGCGGCCACGGGCGGUUUACGCGCGGCCGCCGCAGCGCUGGUAGCCGCUGCGGCCAGGCAGUUGGAUACAUUACUUCAAUACAGAGCGGCGGCUCUCAAGUCGGCGAUAUCACAUAGAAUGCUUCUCACAACCAAAGUACUUCAUUUCUACGAACACAUCGAGAGGCCGCAUAUGUAUAUACGCUACGUGCACAAACUUUGCGACAUGCACCGGUCAUGUCACCAGUGGGCGGAAGCGGGUCUAACGCUAAGACUACAUGCCAGACUAUUAUCCUGGCUGCCUGCGCCCAUUGAUCAACCGACACAACCGCAAACUACCAGCGAAAGAGAUCUUAAGGAAAUGUUGUACCACGAAGUGGCAGAUCUGCUCGAUCAGGGCCACCAGUGGGAGGUCGCUGUGGAGGUUAUUAAGGAGCUGGUUGAAGUGUACGAAGCGGAGGCACUGGGCUACGCACCUUUAGCCGAUCUCCAUUCCCGUCUGGCCGCAUUCUACACAGCAAUGAUGCGAACAGUCCGCUCCCACCCGGGAUACUUCCGAGUGGUAUACUUCGGCAAAGGGUUCCCGGACCAUCUCAGGGUGCCACAUGGCUUCGUAUACCGUGGCAACGAGUACGAGCAGCUCGGGGACUUCAAGGAGCGCCUUCUCGACGAGUGGCCCGACGCCGAGGUGCUGCCGAAACUGGACCCGCCGGGCGAGGAGGUCACCGAGGCCGACGGGCAGUAUUUACAAAUAAACGCCGUAGAGCCAGUAAUGGGUGACAAACUAAAGCGGUUAUCCGGCAAACCGAUAUCGGGCCAGAUCCUACAGUACUACAAACACAAUCACGUCAACAAGUUCAUAUUCUCGAGACCUUUCCACAGACCGGAGGAGCAACUGGAUGGAUCUAAAGACGAUCUUUCUGUCAACGAGUUCGCUACGAGGUGGCUUGAGCGGACUGAGUUAGAAAUCAGCGAUAUGCUUCCAGGAAUCCUGAGAUGGUUCCCGGUAGUAAAGCAGCGAACAUUCUGGGUGUCACCAGUCGAGGCUGCAGUCGAGGCCUUGAGAGACGCGAAUCGAGCCUUAAAACAACUGAUCCUAGAAGCGCGAGCCAGCGAUGCCCCGUUGCAGCCGCUCACCAUGCGACUCAGCGGUAUAUUAGACCCAGCAGUACAGGGCGGCAUCGUGAACUACGAGCGCGCCUUCCUGACGGCCGCGUACGCGGAGAAGCAUCCCGACCACGCGCCGCUCCUCGCACAGCUCAGGGACCUCAUCGCGGACCAGAUACCCCUGCUACAGUUCGGUCUGGACGUCCACGGGGCACGAAUGCCGACCGCGCUGGAAGGGCUACACGCACACAUGCUGCAAUGCUUCAGGAGGAUACAGAACCAUGUGCACCAAAGAUAUGGCCGCAAGGCAUGCGACUUCGAAUCGGAGGCGGCAGAGGUGCAGCUCCGUAUGCCGCCCCGAGACCGGUCCUACACCGAGACACAGGCCAACAACCGCGUCUCUGACAUAUCCACCGGAACAUCCACAGAUUCUGCGUCAAAAUCGAAGUUCUUCAGUUUCAACGCGGCCAUCAACCCGCUGGCCAGAAACAGCGCGGCCAGCAACUACUUUGGGACCCUCAACAGCUCACCCAAGAAGAAAGAGAGGAGACGAGCGCGGAAAAGUGAAAUCGGCACCCAAGCCAGCGGCAGCCAAUGGUACACCAAUCCUGUCGCGAAUGGAACCAGCAACAGCAUAAAUACCAGCCACGCGAGCAACACUAGCCUCUGCAAUAGGCCACUGAAUGGCACCAGCAACAGCAUAAAUACCAGCCACGCGAGCAACACUAGCCUCGCUUCUCAGUCGGACUCGCCUCUACGCGAGCUGAGACAAGAGAACUUUCAGUCCCCGAUGGCUGCCCGAAUUCAAAACGCUCUCGUGACUGAGCGGCCGCUGCGCACCGAGGUCGAGCAGAGGCGGAUGUCACAGCGCGCCAGCCUGGUGUCCGCGCCGCCUUCCAAUAGGAACUCUAUGGGUACAACGGACUCCAACCAAGAAGACGAGGAGCCUCCGCCCCUGCCAGAGAAGUCCGUCCACCGGAGCACCCUCGACAGCGACCACAACAACAACCCGGAGCCCCUCCCGCCGCGCAACAACUACGACACUGUAUUGACGCCUCGGGGCUCCUUCCUCUACAACUCCAUGAUGCGACGGACGAGCGGCGGGAUAUCCGCCGGUCAAACCCCCCCUACCCCACCACCGAAGAAGAAACACCAACAACAACAUCAGUCCUAAGUUAGUAGGCUUAGUAGAAAAACCAUAGUGUUGCGAAACAUGUCACUGAUAUGAUGUCGCAAGUUUCUUGUAAACUCUCUGACGCGACGGACGAGCGGCGGCAUAUCGGCCGGACAAACCCCUC